CAAGCAAUCCAUUGCCUUCACCCUGAGAACUCAUUUCUUCUCCAAGGGAAAGAAAAAUCCGAGAAAAAAGCGAAGCUAAUCAAGAAGAAGAAUGGCAGUUCUUGGUCUAUCUACUGCCUUCUGUCCCCCCAGAGGUUCUUGGAUAGCCGUAAGACUCAGGCAUGGCGCCUCGGGGAGGAGCAGCGGCAGCUUGUCCUUUAGGAGGUCGUCCGCCGCCACCGCCGUGGCCGUCCGCGCGGAGGUGAGCUUCGUGUCCGGUGACGAGGCGAAGCGGCUGGUGGCGGAGGAGGGGUACGCCGUGCUGGACAUCCGGGACCGGCGGCAGUACGAGCGGGCGCACGUCAGGGGCUCCGCCCACGUCCCGCUCUACAUCGAGAACGAAGACAACGACAUUGGGACGAUCAUCAAGCGGCAGGCGCACAACAACUUCGCCGGCCUGUUCUACGGCCUGGCGUUCACCAAGCCGAAUCAGGAGUUCACCAAGAUGGUGAAGAGAAAGUUCUCGCCGGAGAGCAAGCUGCUGGUCGUCUGCCAGGAAGGCCUCAGGUCCACAGCGGCUGCUGAGGCAUUGGAGCGAGAAGGCUUCCAGAACCUGGCCUGCAUCAUGUCAGGUCUUCAGACACUGAAACCCGGAACGUUCGAGUCUGUCGGAGAAUUCGAGCUGCAGAACGCGGGGAAAGCCGGCCUUGUGGUCGUCCAGGGGAAGAUCUCCAGAAUUCUUGGGGCUGUCUUGAUAACCUUGUUGCUGUUCAUAACGGUGUUCCCGGACCAGGCUCAGCAGCUCUUCGACUUGGCUGGCAUCAAGUUGUGAUCCGGAAUUACUUUUCACUGUCAGGUUAAAGUGUAUCAGUAGGUGGAUCUGGUGAGAUCUCUUCAUUUCAGAAAAAAAGGAUGUUAAUUAGGCUCCACAUGUAAUGUGUAGGGAAUUUUUGGAAAUUCUACCGUGCAUUUCAGCUCGAUUCAGUUGUUUUCCUCUACACCUUCUCAUGUUUCAGUUGUAGAUUGAUCCGUAAAUUUUGAAUUGUUUCAAGCAAAUGUCAGGCUUGUUCUGAACUCGUCAA